CUCCACAAAACCAGCCCUGACUUGCAACCGGAAACAGCCAUUUUCUCCGCCUUUCGCUCUCUGUCUCUCCUCCUCCGUUUCCCAAUUCCUUUUGUUCGGUUCUUAGCUUCUCUCUUAGAUCUCUCCUCCUUUUCGUCCACAAAAAAUAAAACAAGAAAAGGCAAAGUUUAGAAAAAAGUUCUCAGCUUUUUUGCUCCAUCUUUGAGGAAUCUCGUUCAAUUCGCCGCAAAAUCCAAAACCCACCAUUAAAAUCCCCUGUUCUGUGCUGAUUCUUUCCCCCCACAGAUUUCGGUGGAUAUCUUUCGUCCUCUGUUUCUGGGUCGAUCUCUUUUUAAUGGGGGGAUGGUUUUGGCUUCUGGGUUCUGCAUGGCUUUUUGGUGAUGAUAUGAGUUGACGUUUGGUUUUUCCAAAUGGUUGAAUCGUAGUAUUAUUUGAGUUUUUUUUUUUGGGAUUAUUACUUAGAAUUUUCGUGCUCUGGUCAGAUGAAAAUGGUGGGCGGCGAGUCGUUUUCUUAGGGUUUACUUUUGUUAAUUUUCUUUUCAUAUAUGAAUCAUUGUCUUCUCCAGUUUGUCAUUGGAUUUUCUUUGAAUGUUUUUCCUUUUUUUUUUUGGAUAAUGGAAUUAGGGGAUUUUAGCAUUGUGGAAUUUCUUAUUAGUGGUGAAAAUCAAAUCUAAUCUUUUUUUGGGUUAUCAUGUCUUUGUAGAAUCUGGAUUUCUGAACCUGUGUAGGAAUCGCGGUUGGUGAAAUAGUUUUCUCCUCCAUCAUAAAAAUUUUCGGGCUCAUAAAUUUUGUAGGCUCUCUUUCUCGUGUCUUUGUUCAUGUUUAAAUCUGAAAACCCUUGAUUUGAUAAUGAUGAAAACCUGAAUAUUUCUCAGAAAAGAGUCAAACUUUUGAUUCAGAAUCUCAGAUAGACAUCUGGGUUUCGAAGUUUUCCCGGUAAUUCUCUGUUUCCACUCGGGUUUGCUCCGAAUAAAUUAGGGUUCUUGUGAGUUCGUUCUCUCUCUCUCUGCAAGAAACAUGGAUCAGAAACCAGGAGAAGAAGAAGCUGGCGGUGGUGUGAAAUCACCGAACCAAACAGGAAAAACAGAGCCAAAUCGCAGUGGUGCUGCUGGUAACAAUCCCAGAGGAAAAGCUGUUGACAACAAUAGCAAGAAAGACAUGAUUUUUCGGGCAGAUAAGAUCGAUCUGAAGAGCUUGGACAUGCAGUUGGAGAAACAUCUGAGUAGGGUUUGGUCGAGGAACAUUGAGAACCAGAGGCCUAAGGAGGAAUGGGAGAUUGAUUUGGCAAAGUUGGAGAUGAGACAUGUCAUUGCUCGUGGUGCCUAUGGCACUGUUUACAGAGGCACAUAUGAUAACCAAGAUGUUGCAGUGAAAGUUCUUGAUUGGGGUGAAGAUGGUUGUGCCACAGAUGCAGAGACUGCCACUCUUAGGGCUUCGUUCCGUCAAGAAGUCGCCGUCUGGCACAAUCUCGACCACCCGAAUGUCACAAAGUUUGUCGGGGCUUCGAUGGGAACAAGAAACCUCAAGAUACCCUCGUCUGAUGAACAAUCGUUGCCUUCUCGAGCAUGUUGUGUCGUUGUGGAGUAUCUUCCGGGCGGAACUCUUAAACAGUUUCUAAUCCGUAACAGGCGCAAGAAACUUGCUUACAAGGUCGUGAUCCAACUCGCUCUGGAUCUCUCCCGAGGGCUAAGCUAUCUGCAUUCGAAGAAAAUCGUUCACCGUGAUGUGAAAACGGAAAAUAUGCUUUUAGACACGAGCAGGAAUCUGAAGAUAGCUGAUUUCGGAGUUGCUCGGGUGGAAGCUCAGAAUCCAAAGGACAUGACUGGUGAAACUGGUACUCUUGGAUACAUGGCUCCUGAGGUUCUUGAUGGUAAACCCUACAACAGAAGAUGUGAUGUUUACAGCUUCGGGAUAUGCCUGUGGGAAAUCUACUGCUGCGACAUGCCAUAUGCUGAUCUUAGCUUUGUCCAAGUCUCUUCUGCAGUUGUCCGACAAAACCUGCGACCAGAUAUUCCAAGAUGUUGUCCGACAGCACUGGCGAACAUAAUGAAGAGAUGUUGGGAAGGAAACGCAGAGAAACGACCGGAGAUGGAAGACGUGGUUCGGAUGUUGGAAGGUCUCGACACCAGCAAAGGCGGCGGCAUGAUCCCCGAAGACCAGAGCUCCGGCUGCUUCUGCUUCGCCCCCUCCCGCGGCCCUUGAAAUUUCCCUUUUUACUUUUCUCUCUCUGUUUUUCUCUCUUUACUCUGAUCAUUCCCUUUGCAGUUUCUCUCUUCCUUUUCUUGGUUUUCUUCAUUAAAGAAAUCGUUGUCACCUGUCAUAUUGGCCAC